CGUCGACGGAUCGUUCAGUUCACAUGCGGUUCGACUCGUGAGUUGUACAUCGACAUUUCGUUGCGUACUCGUGCCACUCAUUGUCAUAAUAAUAAUAUAAUGUUAUAUCGUUCAUGAUAAUAGUAGUAAUAAUUAUAUACGUAUAUAACCAAUACGUUAUCGUGUAUUUCUCUUCAGUAGCUGCUUCGUAUCGUAAAAUAUUAAAUAGUACACAAUCGCUCGUGCGACUACUGUACCGCGAUUCCAAUUCGUUUCGUAUUACGUCUUUUUGAGUAAUAAAAACCAUUAUUAUUGUAGACACUGUUUUUCGACGACGACGAAACGCGAUAUUAACAGUAUUUACUACGUUUAAACUGCGAUCGGGCGGUAGAUCCAUUACGCAGCAGAAGACCGGGUCACGUGUCAAUCUCGCGAGUUUCGUAAAAACCAACUGUAUAAUACGAUAUAUACGAUAAUAUUUUAAUCUGUAGCCGCGAGAUUUAAAAAUGGCAAAAUCUUUCAUCCGAACAAUUGUUGCUUUCAUCUCCGAUCGAACUAUGGAAAUGGCUUAAAUCGCCAAAAUUAAAUCAAAAAAAGUACCAGCCGUUAUCGUUCGUUGUGUGCCUUUUUUUAUUUGUUUGUCAACGCUGUAAGAUUAAUUAUAAUAAACUAUGCAAAGUAUUAUUUUCGAUUAUGCAGUUUUUUUACUGCUGAUUGCGCUGUCGUUCGCAGUAUUAAUUUAUAGUAAAAUAUCCGGUCCCAAAGAACAGACGAAAGCGGACUAUGUGUUUGCAUCAAAAGGGUCGGUUUCAAUGGGAGCGAUGCUCCUAUCCAUUGCACGUGGAUUUCUGGGUGUCAAAGUCUUCCUCGGGUAUCCAUCUGAGUUUUAUUAUAGAGGAAGUGGAAUGUGGGAAACCUUAUAUGGAAUGUCCCUAGCAUUUCCUUUGGUUUUAUAUUUUUUCCUACCUGUGUAUUUUAAUCUCGGAAUUACUUCAGUUUAUCAAUACUUAGAUAUGCGAUUCAAAUCAAGACUUGUGAGGAGGCUUGCGUCUGCUACAUAUUUUAUUAGAAGUAUACUUAACCUUGGCGUAACAGUUUUCACACCGUGCGUCGCCUUAAAAACUGUGAUGGGAUUACCAUAUUGGUUUUCGAUCAUUUUAAUUACAUCAAUUGCCAUCGUUUUCACAUUAUUGGGAGGUUUAAGAUCAGCUAUCCUUGCAGAUGCCGUGCAAAGUUUAGUGAUGAUUGGUUGCAGCAUAAUUAUCAUUGUGCACGGUUUCUUUAUAGCAAAAGGUCCAUUGAAUGUAUUCGAAGUGACCAAGGAACGAAACAGGCUGGACUUUUUCAAUUUUGACAUGGAUCCUACGAUUCGUGUGUCGACGGUGUCCGCCACUCUUGGUCAGCUGUUCAUGUCGCUUUCGAUGUUCGGAUGCCAACAAAAUUUCGUUCAACGCUAUUUUAGUAUGGACUCUCAGAAACAAGUUGAAAAGGCUUUGUGGCUGACCAUACCGCUGAUGAUAUUCCUCUUCAGUCUGUCGUGGAUCGUCGGGAUGGUAAUAUUUACGGUGUAUGCUGAUUGCGAUCCCCGAGCACUUGGAUAUAUAUCGGAAAUCGACGAAAUCAUACCUUUUUAUAUUGAAGACAAAUUUUACUUUUUGCCUGGUUUUAUGGGACUCGUAUUGGCCAGCUUAUUCAACAGUGGACUUAGUAUAUUAGUGUCAAACUUAAAUUCAAUCUCCACUGUUGCUUGGGAAGAUUUUGUCUCUCAAAUACCUAUAUUCAAAGGUGCCAGUGAAAAGAACCAACUGUUAUGUAUUAAAAGCAUAAGUGUAAUAACUGGUUUUAUAGUUAUGGGUGUUGCGUUUAUUGUCGCACAAUCUUCGGGUGUUAUUGAUGCUUCUCAGCUAAUGACAUCUGCAACUAGUGGACCUCUUUUAGGAGUCUUUGUUUUAGCUAUGUUUUUCCCAUCGACGAAUUGGAAAGGUGCUGCUGCCGGUAUGAUAUCGAGUCACUUAAUGACCCUGUUUAUUGUAGUUGGAUCGUUGUCCGUUGCAAAAGUACCUGAAUAUCUGCCAGUGUCCACUGAAGGGUGUACGAAUACGACGUUCUCACCCCACAUUGAGCCAAUAUUCGAUGUACAGUAUGAACAAUAUAAAAUGAGCUUUAUAAACAAAACUCACGACGACUUGGCCGUUUCCAGUGUCCUAUCGUCGCCUGAAUUCAAAUCGUCCUCUAAAGACGAUAUACUGACAAUGUUGUACUCGAUAACAUAUAUGUACUACUCAUUAUUGGGCACAUUUGUAACAGUCUUCGUUGGUGUUAUAGUCAGCUACAUGACAGAUCUGUGGAGUAAAGAAGAAUCGACCAACGAGGACCUGUUGCAUCCUAUGAGCCUGAAAGUCAAGUCCAUGUGCAGUGGCGAGAAACAACGGUACGUCACCGACGGCAAACACAACAACGGCCCCAGCACGCUGCCCAUGACCAACGAGGCGCAGCCCACGCCGCUCUCGAGCGUAUUCACGAUUAAGUCGAACUGAUCCUCGUAACCAUGUGUCCUGUACUCCAGUUAUAUACGGGUGCCUAUGUGUAAUAAUAAUGUGUACAAUAUAAUAUACGAUAAUCGUGCGCGUAUAUCAAACACACAAUAUCAUACAACGAUUGCAGUCUUCUUUGUAUUAUUCUUGUGCCUUCGUCAUAAAUACACACAGAUAUUCUAGAAUAUCUGUGUAAAUACGUAACAUAAUAUAAUAACAUUUUAUAUUGAUAAAAUAAUUAUACAGUAUAAUAAAAUUAGGUUUAGGCAGAUAAUAUAUUAUAUAAUUAUUGUUAUAAUAUAGACGCGACCUAAUAACAAAUUUGCACGACCCCCCUCCCCCCAUUCCACCAAUCAUCACCUCAAACCAGUGAUAAUAUAUUAUAUUAUUAUAUAGGCAGUAUUAUAUUAUUUAGAUAUGCACACGUUUUGUUGCAGAUAUUGUAGUAGCUAUAGGUAUGGGUUAAACCAUAUAUAAGUAAUAUAUGGUGUCGCGUGAUUUAAUUAUUAUUUAUUAUCUUUUUAAUAACAUAUUUUAAUACUUAUUUGAUGUUAUACUAGUAUACGACAAUAAAAAAUACGAAAUGACGCAGUCCUACAAACGCAAGAAAUUGAAUAGGUAUGUUGUAGGAAUAAACACCAUUGGUAUUAUAAUACCGUUGUCCAAAAGCCAAGUGUGUAAUUCAAUGUUUUUCAACAUAUUUUAGUACGGGACAUUUUAGGAACUUGAACACUUUGCGGAACCUUCAUUUUUUCCAUCCCAACGAAAAGAGGAUCAACUCUCGUUCAUUGUUCGAAUCGUAGUACAAAUCAACAUGUUAUUUAUAAAUUUAUUUUUUUUCUAAAUUCUUCACAGAACACUUGGUUUUGGCCUACGAAACUUUUGAGUUCCGCGAAACACCAGUUGAGAAACACUGGACUUUAAUUUAUAAUGGUUUGCUAUUCGUUAUCACUCGAAUCCUGUCGAAAAAAUGGAAGUUGAACGAUUUCGACUGUCGAUUCUUCCAGUCAACUGUGUGAUGCUUAACUACACCAAUGAUUUGUUUGUCAUAUUAUUUUUUUCUUUUACUCAUUCCGCAGAUGUUACACAAUAAUAAUUUAAGUAUGAUAUGAAAAAUAUUAUCAUAAAAAUAUGCUACCACGCAUUCGGGGUAUUAGUAUGUGGUUCUGUAAUAUUAAAUUGUAAUUUUUAAACUUGAUUUAAAUUUUAAGCUGACUACCGUCUAGCUUUCGGAACUCCACUCUCCUCUAGAUUAUAAUAUGACUAUACAAAACGAUUAUGUAUAUUGAAUAAUUACAAUUAUUAUUUAUUAUUAUUAUUAUUAUAGUUAUACGAUUAUAGUAAACAUAUAGAAAUAUAAUAUUAUAUAUGUAGGU